CGGUGCACCGUAACUGUGCUGUGAUUGGGAGGAAACGCACCGCGUGUACAAUACAGAGCGUUAGAAAGUGUAAUGUAUAUUGUAGUGCGAUGCUGUCAGUGGGCAAGCCCGUGUCUCUAGUACAGCAAAAGAAACAGCAGUGGGCACAGGAAAGAGAAGAGAUGUCACAUCUUUACCUACCCUGGGGAUCUGGCGAACGGUAUAAAAAUCGUUUGCAAGUACGAAAUCAAUUUGCUAGUUCUCUCGAAUUACAUAAACAGUCCUCAUACGAGUACCACGAGCCAAUUCAACGCCAAAGAAGUCCAAGUCUGCCACCAAUUCAUAAUAUCGAAAUAAAAAAAUCCGAAGAAAAUAGAAGGCAUAAGGAGGUUGUAAAUAGAAACGUUUCAAGCGCAAAGAGAUUUGCGUUUUAUGAUGAAGAUGGGGAAGGAGAUACCUCAGGCUACGGCAGCGAAACAGUAAAUAAUAUGAACAUCAGAAAUCAGUGCAGAAACUUCCAUGACUUUACCAAUAACAAUAAUAAUAAUCCCGUAGUGGCUUGGCAACAAGAAGAAAAGGAGAACAAAAAACAACCUUCAAGCGGGCGGUCAGUUAUGACAGACGGUGCUCUGUCUGCGCGAAGUACGUCUGGCCUAGACGAAGGUCGUCCUCGAUGGGGCGACAGGGGAGUCGCUACUGGCCGACUAUGGGAACCCACUGCCCCCACAGCUAGAUUACCACAGAUGCAAAACCAAAAGAAAGGUACACCAUCGUGGGUAGAACGUGGACUUAAUAUGAUAGACAGCGCAUCUGACGUCUUAGUCGUGGAUCAAAGUUCCACAAAUUCUGGAUUGGAUUAUGAUCGAUCUUCAUAUAAUGGUAGUGACGAGGGAAGAACGUUUCUUAGAGGACAAAAUGUACCAAUAGAACCAGAAAUUAAAGCACAAAGAGAAACAAAACGUAUUAAAGCUUUGGAAUUACAAUCUGCUAUAUUGAAUCAAUUAGAAGAACAAGAAAAACGACGACAAGAGGAAAGGGAAAGAAAACUGAGAGAAGAGCGUAUUGAAGAAUUGAGAAUUCAAAGACAGCAAGAGGAAGAUCGGUUAAGAUUGGAAGAAGAAAAAAGAAAAGCGAAAGAGAAACAACUCUUUGAACAUCGCAAGUUAGAAGCCUUAAAAAAGGCACUAGAAGAUGCCGAAAAAAAAGCAAGACAAGAAAAGGAGAAAAAGUUUAACUGUCACCGACAAUCGAGUAAUUUGAAUGAAAAUGAUUCGAAGGAAGGUAAUAAAGUUGAAAAUUGUGAGACAGAACUACCUAGUCCAACAAACACUUGCAGUCCGACAAAGACUAAUAGAACUUAUAACGUACAGUCAUGUCCAAAUAAAGAAAGUAAUUCGCAACAAACGACAGCGUUUAACUCGCCACGAUCCCUGCCAGCAAGUAACUUAAAUUUAUUCAUCCAUAAUGUGCCACCUCUUACUUUAACAGAUAAUCAGUAUAAUAUUGUGCCAAUUGGAAUUACAAAUGCUGCUGAAUUAAUGAAUAAUCAGUCAAACAAUAUACAACUUGCCGUUUUAGUGCCACAAAAUAAAAAUGUGUAUAGUGUGUCGUUAAAUUCUAUUAACAAUUUGCACGAGUUAGAGGAAUUAGAAAAAAUACUAACUCCUAGCAAAUAUCGCACUCUUAGGACUAAAGACGCUUAUACUCAAACUGAUAUUGAUGCAUCAACGCAAAUAUAUGAAAGAAUAGAAAAUGACGAUAUCACACGAUACGUUGAUAAAAAUUAUUCUAAAAUCGAUGAAAACGCACCUCAAGAUUUUCAUAGAAACGCUACUAAAAAAGAUCGCCGCUUAAGGUCAGAGGAAAGGUACAAAAAAGAUAUAGAAAAUCGGCCUAAAUGGGGCGCAAAUAAGCCGGUUGCACAGUAUAAAAAGCAAAGCGAAAAAGAUCCUUUUUAUACUCAAAAAAGAAAAAUACGUCAGAAAUACCGACAACAAGCAAGACAGUAUAUGUCACAAUCUAGUGAUGAUAGUCGAUCUCCAAGUCCCCCUACAAGAAGCGAUAAGACCUUUGAAAAUAAUAAUAAGCAACGAAACUCACUAAGUCAAUCAUAUUGGAGAAAUAAGCGAUCUAGUCAAGAUUACGCAACUAUUGUAGGUCAAACUAAUAAUACGGAACCAGAAUUUACUUCGUUAGCGCAAAUUACUGGAGACGAGAGGGUUGAUCAAAAAAAGUCUCCAAAUCUGUCUCCAAUAAAACGACUAACUUUGUCUCAAAAAUUUAUAAAUGACAAAUAUGGUAGCAAAAAGCUAUGGAUAGAUGAUAUUAAUGAUCGAAAUUCUAGAUACACUUUUCGGGACCUAGAUAAUAAUAAGCGAAACACUGUCCGCCUUAUUCCAAAACGAAGACUAAAUAUAGUACCGAGUUUAAUACCAACUUUAAUUCAUGGACUAAAAUAA